CAAAUAAAUACGUCCUCCAUUGUCAUCCUUUCCAUAUAUAUUUAAACACACGCAGACUCCAAGAACUUUGUUCGGCUUGACAUUAUUGAUCAUGGCUAAGAGUGAUGUGAAGCUUAUAGGGGCAUGGCCGAGCCCUUUUGUGAUGAGGCCAAGAAUUGCCCUUAAUAUUAAAUCUGUGGGGUAUGAGUUUCUUGAGGAAACACUGGGAUCUAAAAGCCAGCUUCUUCUUGAAUCAAACCCUGUCCAUAAGAAAAUCCCAGUUCUGAUUCAUGAUGGCAAGCCCCUUUGUGAAUCUCUUGUGAUAGUGGAGUACAUUGAUGAGGUUUGGUCUUCUGGACCUACCAUCCUCCCCUCUGAUCCUUAUGAUCGUGCCCUUGCUCGGUUUUGGGCUGCCUAUCUCGAUGAGAAGUGGUUUCCUACGAUGAGAAGCAUUGCAACAGCUAAAGGAGAGGAGGCUCGAAAGGCGUUGAUAGAGCAAGCAGGAGAAGGGGUGAUGAUGCUGGAGGAUGUAUUUAGCAGGUGUAGCAAAGGGAAGGGUUUCUUUGGAGGAGAUCAGAUCGGGUACCUUGACAUUGCAUUUGGUUCCUUUUUGGGGUGGUUGAGAACCACAGAGAAGAUGAAUGGAGUGAAGCUGAUUGAUGAAACUAAGACUCCAGCCCUGUUGAAAUGGGCAACUAGUUUUUCUUCACAUCCUGCUGUGAAGGAUGUUCUUCCAGAGACAGAGAAGCUUGUUGAGUUUGCCAAGGUUCUUGCCAAAUUCAAAGCAGCCAGCUCGAACUCCUAAAUAACCAUUAUUGCCUUGUGGGCAACUUGAAAUACUAGAAAUUAAGGUUCGUAUGUAAUUUGAAAGACUAGAAAUUAAGCUUGUUGAGGAGAAAUAAAUUUAGAUUACUUGCUGUGAACAA